GUGUGUGGAGAGGGAAUGACUGGCUGCAGCAAGAGCAUGGUCCUGGUUUCCCUGCUGGGGCUCCUGGCGCUGCUCCUGUGGGGCACCUCGGAAGCACAAAGCAACCAGGAUUGCUGCCUGUCCUACACCAAAGUGCGGCUGCCUCGGAAGGCUCUGAAGGGUUACACUGAGCAGCUCCCCAGUGAGGUCUGCGACAUCCCUGCCAUCAUUUUCCACACUGCCAGUGGGCGGAAUGCCUGUGUAAAUCCUAAGGAAGACUGGGUGAAGAAACAUCUCCUUUUCCUGAGCCACAAGCUCAGGAGGAUGUCAGCCUGAUGCAGUUUCCAGCAAGAAGCUAAACACAGACAUGUUUGAAGAAGCACUGGGAUAAGGCUCCUGGCUGAGAUGGUUUGUACACUGCUGUGUGCUCACUCACCUCCAACUCUGGCUUCUUCAGAACCGAUGAACUUCUUGAGAUGAUUCAUAUUGCAUCGCUGUUUUGCUUGAGUUAAGCAUGUUGUCAAAGUUUCUAUUUUUACUAAUAUGUGUAUGUUACUGAUAGGACAUGAGUGCUGUGUAGUAAGGUCUACCUUGAGCUGUUGUACAGAGUGUGAAUUUUAUUAAGUUUAUUGUAUGUUGUUUUGUUUUCUUCAGCAUAUGUAAAGCAGGUUAUUUAUUAUUUUUAUUUUGUUAUUGUCUUGUGCCAAAAUGUUUCCUUUAAGCUGUAGUUAGCAUUAUAAUACCUCUCAAACUAUUGUUAAAUUAACUAUUGUUAAACAAAGUAUGUUUGUAGAAAAAAAUGGUAAUGUGAGAAAAAAAUUAAAUGUUAAAAUCACUA